AUGUUGAAAGUCAAAAAGGAGCUCAAGGAUUUUGAAUUUGAAUCACCUCAUCGAGAUUUGCUUCAUUUAUGUCUUUCUUCGCCUAAUUGUAAUAGCAACACUUGUUUUCUCGAAUCAACUCCUCUUACAGGGAACAGAAAAUCCCUAAUUAGCUUGACAAAGAGAUUAUGGACAGAGGAAGAGGAUAAUCUUUUGAUUGAGACAGUCAAGAAGCAUGAUGGAGUCAACUGGAAAAAUAUAGCUGCGUACCUUCCUGGGCGAACUGACGUCCAAUGCUUCCAUCGUUGGCAAAAGGUUUCAAAUCCUGAUCUUGUAAAGAGAUCAUGGACAAAGGAGGAGGACGAGACCCUAGUUGAACUAGUAAGAAAGUAUGGUUUCAAGAGAUGGUCUUUUAUUGCAAAAUCCAUUCCGGGUCGUAUAGGAAAGCAAUGUCGAGAGAGGUGGCAUAAUCACCUUGAUCCGACUAUAAAAAAGGAUGCUUGGUCAGAGGAGGAGGAAUCAAUACUUGCUCACUAUUACCGAUUACAUGGCAGUAAAUGGUCAGAAAUUGCUAGGGUUCUUCCUGGAAGGAGUGACAAUGCUAUAAAAAAUCAUUGGAACUGCUCAAUGAAGAAGAAGUCGUCUGUAUCACCAAUUAGGUGUGACAGGAAUGUUUCCACCUCUGGUUUCUGCACUUUAGUAAAUUCAUCACAUGAUUUGGUUAAAGCUGGAGAUCAAAGUUUAAUUGGAAUUGUUUCUCCCAAGCAAAGUCACUGGUUGAAGCACAAUGCUGAUAACAGUUUUGGUUUGGCAACUCCUAGGGCCUUAGGACAAGGUGAAAGAAGAUUGUCUGAUUCCCCAAAUCAGAUGGAAACAGUUAUAAGUUGCGAAGACCACGGCAACCCUAUGUUGUUUGCAACAAAUAUGGAUUGUUUCCCUUCUUCCGGUACUGCUACUAAUGAGUCCUAUAAUUCACCCAAGGUUUCUUUUACAGAUUCAAAGUUUAUUGCUGGUAAUGAAUCUGAAAGUUCCCAUUUGGGCUACUUAAAAUUGGUUAAUCAUGAGAAGAAAGUUCAUGUUGGAAGGGAAAACAAUAACGAAAGCGAUGAAGCAAUGCAAUGCUGCCAAUUAUGGCAAAGUCCCAAACCACCAUCAAGAAUUGGCUUAGAUAAUUUAAAUCUCAACCAAUUUGUUCCAUUCCUUCCUAAACAUGGAAUGGAAUGA